AUGUAAGUAUCCCUAUUGGCGCGGAAACGCUGCGUACACAUUAUUUUACGCAGUAAACACAUAGUCAUCGGGUUUGUGUUGUUUCUGUCAGUGACGGGUACAUUUUUUCGAAAAGAUGACCCAGCGUUCCGUCCAUUGGUUUCGCAAAGGGCUAAGACUCCAUGACAAUCCAGCAUUGAAUGCGGCCUGCGAGAAUGCAUCUCAUGUGUGGCCUGUGUUUGUGUUGGACCCGUGGUUCGCCACUCAUGCCGACGUGGGAGUGAAUCGCUGGAGAUUUCUGCUUCAGAGUCUGGUAGACUUGGAUAAUCAGUUGAGAGUGCACAACUCUAGGCUGUAUGUUGUGAAAGGCAGUCCAAAUGAGGUGUUUCCGCGAAUCUUCAAGAAGUGGGGUAUAACGAGACUUACAUUUGAAGUUGAUACUGAGCCAUACGCCCUUCAACGUGACAUGGAUGUUGAGAAAAUAGCAAGGGAAUUCCAUGUUGAGGUUGUGAAAUGUGUGUCACACACUUUGUAUGACACAGAAAGGGUAAUAGCUAAAAAUGGUGGAAGUCCACCAUUGACAUACCAGCGUCUUCAGACAGUUCUGUCACAACUGGGCCCACCACCAAAGGCUGUGAGUUUUAACAAGGAUGUGCUUGCAAAAUGCAGAUCCAUAGACAAAGCGGACAAUGAGGCAGGCUAUGAUGUUCCUUCUUUGGAAGACCUUGGGAAGCGAGAGAAGGAUUGUGGGCCAUGUCUUUUCCCCGGUGGUGAAACAGAGGCUUUACGCAGGAUGGAUGACACUUUGAAAAAACCAGCCUGGGUGUGCGCCUUUGAGAAGCCAAAGACAGAGCCCAACAGCUUGGAGCCCAGUACUACUGUCCUGAGCCCAUACCUGAAGUUUGGUUGUUUGUCACCAAGACUGUUUUACCACCGGUUGGCUGAAAUUUACAAGGGAAAGAAUCACACUCAGCCACCAGUGUCUCUUCAUGGCCAGUUGCUAUGGCGAGAGUUCUUCUACACAGUUGCUGCGGGAACACCAAACUUCAACAAGAUGGUUGGCAACUCAGUCUGCACCCAGGUAGAUUGGGAUACCAAUGAGGAGUUUCUGACCGCAUGGAAAACAGGUCGCACUGGGUACCCAUUCAUAGAUGCAAUCAUGACGCAGCUAAAGGACGAGGGCUGGAUCCACCACCUGGGUCGCCAUGCUGUAGCGUGUUUCCUCACCCGCGGUGACCUCUGGAUCAGCUGGGAAGAGGGGCAGAAAGUGUUUGAGGAGUAUCUGUUAGAUGCAGAUUGGAGCUUGAAUGCCGGGAACUGGCUGUGGCUAUCAGCCAGUGCCUUCUUCCACCAGUACUUCAGGGUGUACAGUCCUGUUGCCUUCGGGAAGAAAACUGACAAGCAAGGGGACUUCAUUAGGAAGUAUGUCCCGAUUCUGAAGAAAUUCCCAGACAAGUACAUCUAUGAGCCAUGGACUGCCCCGAGAGAUUUGCAGGAAAAAUGCGGAUGCAUAAUAGGUAAAGAUUAUCCAAAACCUAUUGUUGAUCACGAAGCAGCAAGAAAGAAAAAUAUCGAGCGCAUGGCUGCAGCUUACGCCAGGAGAAAUGGCUCCAAAGAUUCAGAAGAAAAGGCUGGUGGUAAAAAGCGAAAGGCUGAAAGCACAUCCAAGGGAAGGGGUAAACAGCCUAAGGUGCAAAAAAACAUGACAGAUUUCUUGAUGUAAACUUCGUUGGGAAGUUGAACUUUCAGACUUCCGCUCAAGUGUCAUGGUGGAGCAAGUAUGAACAUCAUCUGAAAGUUUAAACAUAUUUGAAUGAUCUGAUGAAAAUAUCAGAAAAUAUUACCUCGUAACAAACAAUUAUGUUUGGUAUAUGCAUGUAUCAAUACAAUUUGACGAUUGUGUGAGUUUGCAUCGUUUUUGUUUCCAUUAAGAACAUUUUGUAUCACAUUAAAACUAUGUGGCCUGAUA